UUCUACAAAUGUAGUCCCAUUUUCUAAAUUAGCCAAGCUCAGUCAGGGCAGAAGGCUGGCUGUCAGAGGGCAGUGAGUGAAUGUGUCUGUCUGUGUUGGUAUUAAUAAUCAUUUGAGAUUUUUAGUCAUGCACAGUUUCAAAAGGAGUCAUUGAUUACGACUCCGACAGAGAAUUGGAGGACAGCCAAUCUAAUCCACCUGUAAAAGACAGAAGACAGUCACCUCCACUGGACAGGCCUCACUCUGUUCCUCAAAUCAGGCAGCGCCUCUGCAUCUCCACAGAAGAUCAGGACAGCCCAGAAAGAGUUGUUCAGAAGGAGAAACUACAUGCAGAACUAAAACAAGUUCUAAGUAGAAAAAGAAGACACCUGAAACAGAGUCACUCAAAUCUCACAAGCAUGGAUCCUUCAAAGGAGAGGAGUGAGUCUGUGAAGCAGGAGAAGAGCCAUCUAUCAGAGGUAGUGGAGGUGGUGGUAGAGACAGACGCUGAGGUAGGAGCCAGUGGUUACAGUGUCACGGGUGGAGGAACAAAGGGGAUCUUUAUCAAAGAUGUCUUGAAAGACUCACCUGCAGCAAAACAUCUCAGCCUCCAGAAAGGAGAUCAGCUGCUUAGUGCCAGAGUGUAUUUUGAUAAUGUGAAAUAUGAAGAUGCUCUGAAGAUCCUCCAGUGUGCAGAACCUUAUAAAGUGUCAUUCUUCUUGAAGAGGACUGUGGCUCAAACUGAAGUGACUGGUCAUCUAGAUGCACCGCAUAUUGAGCAAAGAGGACCUAAGGCUAAGAUGCAAAAAAUGAGUGUGAGAAGUGUGAAACAAUUCAAAGCCAAGAAGAAAAGAGGAGGAAGAUUUGGAUUGAAAAGGCUAAAAAAGAGAACAAGCGCUGAAGCAGAAAUGGACAUUGAGGGACCAUCAGGUAGAUUGGACUUUACUCCAGUUGAUGUGGAGUUUGCACUUCCAAAGUUUAAACUGAAAAAAAAACAUGGAAAAGUCACUGCAGAGCGUUCGGGACAUUUAGAAAGUAUGAAGCUUAAUGAUGAGGAGACAAGAAAUAUUAAAUUUCCAAAGAGUAAAAUAAAAUCAUCCAUAGAAGGUACACAACUUUCAACACCAAAAGGAGAAAUAGAGAUGCAAAAGGACAAAGGAAAAAGCCCAAAUUCGCAAAUGAAAGAUAUUAAUGAAUGUGUGCAAGGAAAGAAAAUCAGCAUGGCAACUGACAUAUCAGUACCAAAUCUAAAUCUAGACACAAAACAAAGACCUGAAGAUGAAGCUGAUGGAUUCAUGGCUAAAGGGGCAAAUGUGCUGUUUAUUAACUUUGAAGGCACUGGUGUCAAAUGUGGGGACAUUAGGAUGCCAUCCACUGAGAUAUCAUUAGUAAAAAGUAAAGAUGAAAGAGAAAUUGUCCUAGAAAGACAUUCUGGAAAAGGAGAAAAGAUUAAAAUGCCUAAGAUUGACAUUUCCAUGCCAGAAAUAAAAUCACCUGAAGUUGAUAUUAACAUACAUGGGCCUGAGAUCAACAAUGGCAAUUUUCAUGUGCCAGAUAUUGACAUAUCACUGCCAAAAAUAAAAGUUAAAAAUGUUGAGCUUAAAGGUGAGGACAGUAAAGGGGGGAAGUAUCAGAUUCCUAUGACUGAUCUUUCCUUACCAACAAUGAAGUUACCCGAGGGGAAUAUUAAAGUGCAAGGCCCUGAUGUGAAAACAGGUCAUGUUGGAAUAUAUUCCAUGGACAUAUCAUUACCAAAAGGGAUGGCUAAAGGAGAAAUUGACUUUGAAGGACAUUCUGGAAAAGCAGAUAAAAGUGACUUGUCAAAGCUUGACAUUUCCUUACCAAAAGGAACAUCACCCAAGGUUGACAUCAGUGUUGAGGGUCCUGAGAUCAAGGGCAUAAAGGUUCACAUGCCAGAUAUUGACAUCUCUAUGCCAAAAGGAAAUGUAAAAGGAGGCGCCAAUCUUGAAGGCGAGGGUGGUAAAGGGGGGAAGUUUAAAAUGCCAAAGGUUGAUCUUUCACUACCAAGAAUGAAGUUACCAGAGGGUAAGAUUAACGUGGAAGGCCCUGAUAUCGAAGUUGGGAAAUUUGACAUGCCGUCAAUUGACAUUUCAUUACCAAAAGGGAUGGGUAAAGGAGAAAUUGACAUUGAUGGACUGUCUGGAAAAGGAGGAAAGAUAGACUUACCAAAGAUGGACAUUUCCUUACCAGUAGUAAAACCCCCUGACCUUGAUGUCAGAGUGGAGGGUCCCGAGAUCAAAGGUGGAAAGUUUCACAUGCCAGAUAUUGACUUCUCACUGCCAAAAGGAAAAAUAAAAGGGGGUGUUGAUGUCAAAGGUGAGGCAGAUAAAGGAGGGAGGUUUCAACUGCCAAAGGUUGAUCUUUCACUACCAAGAAUGAAGUUACCAGAGGGUAAGAUUAAUGCGGAAGGCCCUGAUAUCAAAGUCGGGAAAAUUGACAUGCCUGCAAUGGACAUUUCAUUACCAAAAGGGAAAGUUGAUAUGUCAUCCACUGACAUUUCAUUACCAAAAGGGAUGGGUAAAGGAGAAAUUGACAUUGAAGGACUGUCUGGAAAAGGAGGAAAGAUAGACUUGCCAAAUCUUGACAUUUCCUUACCAAAUGUAAAACCAACCAUGGUUGAUAUCAGUGGUGGUGGUCCUAAGAUCAAGGGCAUAAAGGUUCACAUGCCAGAUAUUGACAUCGCUAUGCCAAAAGGAAAUGUAAAAGGAGGCGCCAAUCUUGAAGGCGAGGGUGGUAAAGGGGGGAAGUUUAAAAUGCCAAAGGUUGAUCUUUCACUACCAAGAAUGAAGUUACCAGAGGGUAAGAUUAACGUGGAAGGCCCUGAUAUCAAAGUUGGGAAAUUUGACAUGCCGUCAAUUGACAUUUCAUUACCCAAAGGGAAGGUUAAAGGAGGAAUUGAUAUUGAAAGACAGUCUGGAAAUCAAGGAACGACUGACUUACCAAAGAUGGACAUUUCCUUACCAGUAGUAAAACCCCCUGACCUUGAUGUCAGAGUGGAGGGUCCCGAGAUCAAAGGUGGAAAGUUUCACAUGCCAGAUAUUGACUUCUCACUGCCAAAAGGAAAAAUAAAAGGGGGUGUUGAUGUCAAAGGUGAGGCAGAUAAAGGAGGGAGGUUUCAACUGCCAAAGGUUGAUCUUUCACUACCAAGAAUGAAGUUACCAGAGGGUAAGAUUAACCUGGAAGGCCCUGAUAUCAAAGUUGGGAAAUUUGACAUGCCGUCAAUUGACAUUUCAUUACCAAAAGGGAAAGUUGACAUGCCAUCCAUUGAUGUUUCAUUACCAAAAGGGAAGGCUAAAGGAGAAAUUGACAUUGAAGGACAGUCUGGAAAAAGAGGAAAGAUUGACUUACCAAAGAUAGACGUUUCCUUACCAAAAGUAAAACCUGCUGAGCUUGAUGUCAGUGUUGAUGGUCGAGAGAUGAAGGGUGGCAAAUUUCAUGUGCCAGAUAUUGACAUCUCACUGCCAAAAGUAAAAGUAAAAGGAGGUGUCAAUCUUGAAGGUGAGUGUGGUAACAGGGGUGAGUUUAAAAUGCCAAAGGAUGAUUUUUCCCUACCAAGAAUGAAGUUACCAGAGGGCAAGAUUAAUGUGGAAGGCCCUGAUAUCAACGUCAGGAAAGUUUACAUGCCAUCAAUUGACAUUUCAUUACCAACAGGGAAGGCUAAAGGAGAAAUUGAUAUCGAAAGACCAUCUGGAAAUCAAGGAACGAUUGAUUUACCAAAGAUGGACAUUUCCUUACCAACAGUAAAACCCCCUUACCUUGAUAUCAGUGUUGAGGUUCCAGAGAUCAAAGAUGGAAAGUUUCACAUGCCAGAUAUUGACUUCUCACUGCCAAAAGGAAAAAUAAAAGGGUGUGUUGAUCUCAAAGGUGAGGCAGAUAAAGGAGGACGGUUUCAACUGCCAAAGGUUGAUCUUUCACUACCAAGAAUGAAGUUACCAGAGGGUAAGAUUAAUGUCGAAGGCCCUGAUAUCAAAGUUGGGAAAAUUGACAUGCCAUCAAUUGACAUUUCAUUACCAAAAGGGAUGGGUAAAGGAGAAAUUGACAUUGAUGGACUGUCUGGAAAAGGAGGAAAGAUAGACUUACCAAAGAUGGACAUUUCCUUACCAGUAGUAAAACCCCCUGACCUUGAUGUCAGAGUGGAGGGUCCCGAGAUCAAAGGUGGAAAGUUUCACAUGCCAGAUAUUGACUUCUCACUGCCAAAAGGAAAAGUAAAAGGGGGUGUUGAUGUCAAAGGUGAGGGAGAUAAAGGAGGGAGGUUUCAACUGCCAAAGGUUGAUCUUUCACUACCAAGAAUGAAGUUACCAGAGGGUAAUAUUAAUGUGGAAGGCCCUGAUAUCAAAGUUGGGAAAAUUGACAUGCCAUCAAUUGACAUUUCAUUACCAACAGCGAUGGGUAAAGGAGAAAUUGAUAUUGAAGGACUGUCUGGAAAAGGAGGAAAGAUAGACUUGCCAAAUCUUGACAUUUCCUUACCAAAUGUAAAACCAACCAUGGUUGAUAUCAGUGUUGGUGGUCCUGAGAUCAAGGGCAGAAAGUUUCACAUGCCAGAUAUUGACAUCUCUAUGCCAAAAGGAAAUGUAAAAGGAGGCGCCGAUUUUGAAGGCGAGGGUGGUAAAGGGGGGAAGUUUAAAAUGCCAAAGGUUGAUCUUUCACUACCAAGAAUGAAGUUACCAGAGGGUAAGAUUAAUGUGGAAGGUGCUGAUAUCAAAGUCGGGAAAAUUGACAUGCCUGCAAUUGACAUUUCAUUACCAAAAGGGAAGGUUAAAGGAGAAAUUGAUAUUGAAAGACAGUCUGGAAAUCAAGGAAAGAUAGACUUACCAAAGAUGGACAUUUCCUUACCAGUAGUAAAACCCCCUGACCUUGAUGUCAGAGUGGAGGGUCCCGAGAUCAAAGGUGGAAAGUUUCACAUGCCAGAUCUUGACUUCUCACUGCCAAAAGGAAAAGUAAAAGGGGGUGUUGAUGUCAAAGGUGAGGCAGAUAAAGGAGGGAGGUUUCAACUGCCAAAGGUUGAUCUUUCACUACCAAGAAUGAAGUUACCAGAGGGUAAGAUUAACCUGGAAGGCCCUGAUAUCAAAGUUGGGAAAUUUGACAUGCCGUCAAUUGACAUUUCAUUACCAAAAGGGAAAGUUGACAUGCCAUCCAUUGAUGUUUCAUUACCAAAAGGGAAGGCUAAAGGAGAAAUUGACAUUGAAGGACAGUCUGGAAAAAGAGGAAAGAUUGACUUACCAAAGAUAGACGUUUCCUUACCAAAAGUAAAACCUGCUGAGCUUGAUGUCAGUGUUGAUGGUCGAGAGAUGAAGGGUGGCAAAUUUCAUGUGCCAGAUAUUGACAUCUCACUGCCAAAAGUAAAAGUAAAAGGAGGUGUCAAUCUUGAAGGUGAGUGUGGUAACAGGGGUGAGUUUAAAAUGCCAAAGGAUGAUUUUUCCCUACCAGGAAUGAAGUUACCAGAGGGCAAGAUUAAUGUGGAAGGCCCUGAUAUCAACAUCAGGAAAGUUUACAUGCCAUCAAUUGACAUUUCAUUACCAACAGGGAAGGCUAAAGGAGAAAUUGAUAUCGAAAGACCAUCUGGAAAUCAAGGAACGAUUGAUUUACCAAAGAUGGACAUUUCCUUACCAACAGUAAAACCCCCUUACCUUGAUAUCAGUGUUGAGGUUCCAGAGAUCAAAGAUGGAAAGUUUCACAUGCCAGAUAUUGACUUCUCACUGCCAAAAGGAAAAAUAAAAGGGGGUGUUGAUCUCAAAGGUGAGGCAGAUAAAGGAGGACGGUUUCAACUGCCAAAGGUUGAUCUUUCACUACCAAGAAUGAAGUUACCAGAGGGUAAGAUUAAUGUCGAAGGCCCUGAUAUCAAAGUUGGGAAAAUUGACAUGCCAUCAAUUGACAUUUCAUUACCAAAAGGGAUGGGUAAAGGAGAAAUUGACAUUGAUGGACUGUCUGGAAAAGGAGGAAAGAUAGACUUACCAAAGAUGGACAUUUCCUUACCAGUAGUAAAACCCCCUGACCUUGAUGUCAGAGUGGAGGGUCCCGAGAUCAAAGGUGGAAAGUUUCACAUGCCAGAUAUUGACUUCUCACUGCCAAAAGGAAAAGUAAAAGGGGGUGUUGAUGUCAAAGGUGAGGGAGAUAAAGGAGGGAGGUUUCAACUGCCAAAGGUUGAUCUUUCACUACCAAGAAUGAAGUUACCAGAGGGUAAUAUUAAUGUGGAAGGCCCUGAUAUCAAAGUUGGGAAAAUUGACAUGCCAUCAAUUGACAUUUCAUUACCAACAGCGAUGGGUAAAGGAGAAAUUGACAUUGAAGGACUGUCUGGAAAAGGAGGAAAGAUAGACUUGCCAAAUCUUGACAUUUCCUUACCAAAUGUAAAACCAACCAUGGUUGAUAUCAGUGUUGGUGGUCCUGAGAUCAAGGGCAGAAAGUUUCACAUGCCAGAUAUUGACAUCUCUAUGCCAAAAGGAAAUGUAAAAGGAGGCGCCGAUUUUGAAGGCGAGGGUGGUAAAGGGGGGAAGUUUAAAAUGCCAAAGGUUGAUCUUUCACUACCAAGAAUGAAGUUACCAGAGGGUAAGAUUAAUGUGGAAGGUGCUGAUAUCAAAGUCGGGAAAAUUGACAUGCCUGCAAUUGACAUUUCAUUACCAAAAGGGAAGGUUAAAGGAGAAAUUGAUAUUGAAAGACAGUCUGGAAAUCAAGGAACGAUUGACUUACCAAAGAUGGACAUUUCCUUACCAGUAGUAAAACCCCCUGACCUUGAUGUCAGAGUGGAGGGUCCCGAGAUCAAAGGUGGAAAGUUUCACAUGCCAGAUCUUGACUUCUCACUGCCAAAAGGAAAAGUAAAAGGGGGUGUUGAUGUCAAAGGUGAGGCAGAUAAAGGAGGGAGGUUUCAACUGCCAAAGGUUGAUCUUUCACUACCAAGAAUGAAGUUACCAGAGGGUAAGAUUAACCUGGAAGGCCCUGAUAUCAAAGUUGGGAAAUUUGACAUGCCGUCAAUUGACAUUUCAUUACCAAAAGGGAACGUUGACAUGCCAUCCAUUGAUGUUUCAUUACCAAAAGGGAAGGCUAAAGGAGAAAUUGACAUUGAAGGACAGUCUGGAAAAAGAGGAAAGAUUGACUUACCAAAGAUAGACGUUUCCUUACCAAAAGUAAAACCUGCUGAGCUUGAUGUCAGUGUUGAUGGUCGAGAGAUGAAGGGUGGCAAAUUUCAUGUGCCAGAUAUUGACAUCUCACUGCCAAAAGUAAAAGUAAAAGGAGGUGUCAAUCUUGAAGGUGAGUGUGGUAACAGGGGUGAGUUUAAAAUGCCAAAGGAUGAUUUUUCCCUACCAGGAAUGAAGUUACCAGAGGGCAAGAUUAAUGUGGAAGGCCCUGAUAUCAACGUCAGGAAAGUUUACAUGCCAUCAAUUGACAUUUCAUUACCAACAGGGAAGGCUAAAGGAGAAAUUGAUAUCGAAAGACCAUCUGGAAAUCAAGGAACGAUUGAUUUACCAAAGAUGGACAUUUCCUUACCAACAGUAAAACCCCCUUACCUUGAUAUCAGUGUUGAGGUUCCAGAGAUCAAAGAUGGAAAGUUUCACAUGCCAGAUAUUGACUUCUCACUGCCAAAAGGAAAAAUAAAAGGGGGUGUUGAUCUCAAAGGUGAGGCAGAUAAAGGAGGACGGUUUCAACUGCCAAAGGUUGAUCUUUCACUACCAAGAAUGAAGUUACCAGAGGGUAAGAUUAAUGUCGAAGGCCCUGAUAUCAAAGUUGGGAAAAUUGACAUGCCAUCAAUUGACAUUUCAUUACCAAAAGGGAUGGGUAAAGGAGAAAUUGACAUUGAUGGACUGUCUGGAAAAGGAGGAAAGAUAGACUUACCAAAGAUGGACAUUUCCUUACCAGUAGUAAAACCCCCUGACCUUGAUGUCAGAGUGGAGGGUCCCGAGAUCAAAGGUGGAAAGUUUCACAUGCCAGAUAUUGACUUCUCACUGCCAAAAGGAAAAGUAAAAGGGGGUGUUGAUGUCAAAGGUGAGGGAGAUAAAGGAGGGAGGUUUCAACUGCCAAAGGUUGAUCUUUCACUACCAAGAAUGAAGUUACCAGAGAGUAAUAUUAAUGUGGAAGGCCCUGAUAUCAAAGUUGGGAAAAUUGACAUGCCAUCAAUUGACAUUUCAUUACCAACAGCGAUUGGUAAAGGAGAAAUUGACAUUGAAGGACUGUCUGGAAAAGGAGGAAAGAUAGACUUGCCAAAUCUUGACAUUUCCUUACCAAAUGUAAAACCAACCAUGGUUGAUAUCAGUGUUGGUGGUCCUGAGAUCAAGGGCAGAAAGUUUCACAUGCCAGAUAUUGACAUCUCUAUGCCAAAAGGAAAUGUAAAAGGAGGCGCCGAUUUUGAAGGCGAGGGUGGUAAAGGGGGGAAGUUUAAAAUGCCAAAGGUUGAUCUUUCACUACCAAGAAUGAAGUUACCAGAGGGUAAGAUUAAUGUCGAAGGCCCUGAUAUCAAAGUUGGGAAAAUUGACAUGCCAUCAAUUGACAUUUCAUUACCAAAAGGGAAGGUUAAAGGAGAAAUUGAUAUUGAAAGACAGUCUGGAAAUCAAGGAACGAUUGACUUACCAAAGAUGGACAUUUCCUUACCAAUAGUAAAACCCCCUGACCUUGAUGUCAGAGUGGAGGGUCCCGAGAUCAAAGGUGGAAAGAUUCACAUGCCAGAUAUUGACUUCUCACUGCCAAAAGGAAAAAUAAAAGGGGGUGUUGAUGUCAAAGCUGAGACAGAUAAAGGAGGGAGGUUUCAAAUGCCAAAGGUUGAUCUGUCACUACCAAGAAUGAAGUUACCAGAGGGUAAUAUUAACGUGGAAGACCCUGAUAUCAAAGUUGGGAAAUUUGACAUGCCGUCAAUUGACAUUUCAUUACCUAAAGGGAACGUUGACAUGCCAUCCAUUGAUGUUUCAUUACCAAAAGGGAAGGCUAAAGGAGAAAUUGACAUUGAAGGACAGUCUGGAAAAAGAGGAAAGAUUGACUUACCAAAGAUAGACUUUUCCUUACCAAAAGUAAAACCUGCUGAGCUUGAUGUCAGUGUUGAGGGUGGAGAGAUGAAGGGUGGCAAGUUUCAUGUGCCAGAUAUUGACUUCUCACUACCAAAAGUAAAAGUAAAAGGGGGUGUCAAUCAUGAAGGUGAGGAUGGUGAAGGGGGGAAGUUUAAAAUGCCCAAUGUUGAUUUUUCUCUACCAAGAGUGAAGUUACCCAAGGGAAAGAUUAAGGUGGAAGGUCCUGAUAUCAAAGAAGGGAAAGUUUACAUGCCAUACACUGACAUUUCUUUACCAAAAGGGAAAGCUAAAGUUGAAAUUGACAUUGAAGGUUUGUCUGGAAAAAGAGCAAAGCUUGACUUGCCAAAACUUGACAUUUGCUUACCAAAAGUAAAACCACAUACGCUUAAUGUCAGUGUUGAGGGUCCAGAUAUCAAAGGUGGCAAGUUUCACAUACCAGAUAUUGACAUCCACUUGCCAAAAGGAAAAGGAAAAGGGGGUGCUAAUUUUGAAGUUAUGCCUGAUAAAGGGGAGAUGUUUCAAAUGCCCAUGGUUGAUCUUUCACUACCAGGAAUGUUAUUGCCAGAGGGGAAGGUUACUUUGGAAAGUAACCUCCCUGAUAUCAAAGUUGGAAAAGUUGACAUGCCAUCCCUUGAUAUAUCAUUACCAAAAGUACAGGCUAAAGGAGAAAUUGACAUUGAAGGACCUUCUGGAAAAGGAGGAAAUAUUGAUUUGCCAAAGAUUGACAUUUCUUUACCAAAAGUAACACUGCCUAAGGUUGAUAACAGUGGUAAAGGCCCUGAGAUAAAGGAUGGACAGUUUCACAUUCCUGGUAUUGAUAUCUCCUUGCCAAAAGGAAAAGGGGGUGUUGAUCUUGAUGGUGAGGCUGAUAAAGGUGGAAAGUUCCAUAUGCCCAAGGUUGAUUUUUCUAUACCGAAAUUGAAAUCUCCAAAUAUUGAGGGACCUGAUGGUGGAAAAGUCACUAUGCCAGCUAUUGAUCAAUCACUUCCAAAAGGAAAAGCUGAGGGAUUUGGUAAUUUUGAAAGUGAUAUUGCUAUGUGGGGAAAGCUACAUAUGCCUGACCUUGAACUUUCAUUACCGAAAAUUAAAUCACCAAAUAGUGAGUCAAAAAUUCACAGACCAGACAUAAAUGAUAUAAAUAUGCCUGAUGCCAGCGUUUGUGGAAGCAAAGGUGGUAAUUUAAAAUUGUCAACCGUAAAGCUACCAAGUGUUGAUAUAUCAGCACCUAAGGUUGAUCUUGACUUUGGUAUUUCCAAAGGUAAAGGCACUGAUAGAGAGGAUAUUGAACUUCUCAAAGCUGAGGGCAGCAGGCCAUCAUCUGGAGCAAGUUUUGACAUCCCAGAUGUGACUCUAAAAAUGCCUAAAAUUCCACUGCCUAAAUUUGGGGGAAAAUGUAAAAGUGAAGACACCCAAGUAGAAGCACUUAGCUCAUCUGCUAAUUUGGAUAUAGAACAAAAUAUGCCAUCUGUAGGGAUAAAUGCUGAUGGAAAAGUAAAAGGCAAAAUAAAGAAGCUACAACCUGAAGGAGAUGUGAAUGCUUCGCUUGAUUUGGGAGCAGAAAGCAAGGAGCAUUUUAAGGCUCCAACAUUAGAUACAAAGGCAAAGGUCAAAAUGCCCUCAGUGGAGAUAGCCCUGACAGCCCCAUACAUACCAGAGAGAGAGGCAUUGCUGCCAAAAUCUGAGAUUGAUGUAUCUGAGGCAGAUAUCAACGCUUAUGAGGGAGGUUUAAAAAUCCCAAAGAUGCCAACUGUUGAUAUAUCAGUACCAAAAGUAGAUUUGGAUGUUGUCCUACCAAAAGUAAAGCAAGAUGCAUUAGUUGACCCCAGCUCUUCUAACCUCAACCUUGAAAGAGAUAACCUAAAGUUACCACAUAUCAAAAUGCCAAAAGUUGAUAUAUUACUACCUCAAUACAAAACAGCUGGCACUGACACACCAGAUGUAGAACUGAAAGGCAAAUAUGGGAAAUUCAAGAUGCCAAAAAUUAGAAUGCCAGCAGUGGAAAUAUCAUUACCACAUCGAAAAACGGUUGUGUAUUCUUCAGAUUUGGACAUCAACCUACACAGUGGGAAAUGUAAGAUAUCUGAUGUCAAAGUGCCCUACAUAGAUGUUUCAGUACCCCAUGGUAGAAUAGACAUUGAAUCUCCAGAUUUGAAAACAGAAGGACAAAAUGCAAAGUUGCCAAAUAUUACUCAGCCAACUGUGGAUAUAUCCCUGCUAAAAGGGAAUGAAGUUCAAGAAAUGGACACAGAAGGAUGGCAAAAAUUAAAGAUUCCAACAAUAGAUACACAGGGCCCAGUGAAACAUCUUGAAUUGGAUAUCGGAUUAUCAAAAGAUGGUAAAAAGGAAAAAAAGUUUGAGCUUCCCAGUAUUGACCUCAGCCCCUUGUAUUCAGAGGAGAAAGUCAAGGGACCAAAAGUAAAAGGUACCAAGUUCAAUAUUGGAAUGUCUAAAGUAAAAACUUCUACAUUGGAGACAGAUGUAAGUAAGUCUAGUAAUGUGAAUGCAGGUCAGCAUUUAUCCUCAAAGUUGUCUAAUAUCAAACUGCCUGAAAUAGAAAUUUUUGAAUCUAAUGUAAAAAGCAAAUGUCAAAGAAAACUGGUGUCAACAGAAUGUACCCCUACAGAUGCUGGUUCUUUAACUUCACCUGAAGCCAAAGUCAACAUUAAAUCACCAAAAGGAUCUUCCCUGACCACAAAUCCUGAAAUACAGUAUGAGGGCCCUCAUAUCCCUAAAGUAACAAAAGCAGUUUUUGUUUUGGUUAAUUCCCAAACAGAAAGCUAUGUUACCAUAACUAGCAAAGCAAGUGCUGAGACUGUAGAUAAGAAAAUUAAAGUGCCAAAAAUCAUAAAGAAGCAAAGCUUUGAAAAGUCACAUUCAAAGGGUAAAGGAACAAAUUCUGGGGAGGAGGAGGAAAAUGAUGAAGAGUUAAAAACAGGAGAAUUUAGGUUGCCAAAACCUGAGCUUUCUUCACUAUUCUCAAAAAAUGUGGGAGAAGAGGAGAAAUUGGAGAUGGGCAUGGAACCUGAGAAUAAGAAUAGCACAGAAGUUAGCAAAGGCACUAAAGAUAAAUCAGGAAAAAUAUCAUUUCCGGGUUUCAAGAAGAAAUCUGUAAAAGGUGAUGAGGAGAGUGAAAAUGGCUGUGUAGUGUCCUCAAAAGCCAGGGUGGAAAUGUUAAAAGAAAAGCAAGGCUCUGAGUCUCCAGUACCAAAUAUUUCAAUUGGAUCUGCCUCAGGAAAGAACAGAACACAAAAAGAGGUUGGAUCCAUAGAAGAUAUUAGAAGCAGUCAAGAGUUGGAAGAAAAAGAGGAGAUAUCUUGGUUUAAAAUCCCCAAAGUCACUCUUAGGCCCCAUUCCACUGGCAUCCUGCAGAUCACACCAGAGGGAUCUCCAAAGGACAGCAAGUCAUCUUUACAGUACUCCAGUGAAGAGAUUUCUGGAGGUUUCUACAGGAGGAUGCCAAAUACUGAAUUUUCUACUCAGGAUGUUUCUCCAAAACACACAGUCACCACAACAAAAGAAGGGACUUUCACUGUGGUAACAGAAUCAGCAAGUAGCAGCUCAAGUACACAAUGGAAUCAGUAAAUUAGGGGUAAAUCGAAGUAUAGUGGAAUAUUUUUAUAUUGUUGUUGCUUUUUCGGUGCUAUACAGAAUGAAUGUAUUUACAUAAAUACAGUCACUAUAUAAUGUAGCACACAUUUUAUUUCAUAUACUUGCACUGACCAGUCAAUAUUAUUCUUUAUGCAAAUAAUUACUUUCUUCAAUUAGAUUAUUAGUACUACUUCUCAUACCUGCAAGUCAUGCAUUAGAUCGUAUAAACACAUAGGUGAAAAUUAAUCACAAGGUGAGUGGAAUUUGAGGUAGAAUUUUUUUUUAUUGGAAACAUAAUAGUUUUUGAAGCUUCAUAUGUUCGUGUUAACUUUUUUUUUUUAAUUAUUAUUAUUAUUGAAGCUGAACAUGUGUUUCUUCCCUUAUAUAAGAGGAAUAUUGUUUUAAUAAAUAACACCUAAACUGUAGAAGAAUGAACUGUAUAUAUUUAAAUAUUUUUUAAAUAAAAAUUAUUUUUAGUGCCAUGAAUUGAUUUAACAUGAAAAUUAAUAAAAAAUUUAAAGACACAUAAUAUAAUAUAAUAUAAUAUAAUAUAAUAUAAUAUAAUAUAAUAUAAUAUAAUAUAAUAUAAUGACUUUUAGUAAUAUUUAAAUGCAUUAAAAUGUGAUGCAAUGAUGUGUACAAUGAUGUUGAUGUGUCUGUGUGGGAAUGGUUUGUGUUCUUGAUUUUGGUCUUGAUUGAGUGUGCAUUGUGAAAUUCUUUGGCGCAUAAUUUUUCAUAAUUUCAAUCAUGAUCUGAGUAUGAAAUUAAUAUAAAAUGCAGACCAUUAUUACUGUAUAGUUUUUAGCAUGUCCUUUACAUUUCAUUUUUAAAGCACAAUUUCUCAGCUUGAUGAAAUAUUAAAUAAAAUAUUUUACCUGCUCUUUCAUUA